GAGUGUGUUGUGUGUGGGGGGGUGGCCUCUCAGUUUGCGCACCAGGACAGGCCCGCCUUGAGGAGGGUGGGAGUUCCCGCAGCCGUUGACGUUGACAUGGAGGUGUGAGCCGCCCUCUUGAAGGCUGACUUUCCUGAGGACACUGUGCUGAAUUAGGACUUUUCUGCAGAUGGAAGAGCUAGAGCAAGACCUGUUGCUGCAGCCAUGGGCAUGGUUACAACUUGCGGAGAACUCACUCUUAGCCAAGGUGUCUAUCACCAAGCACGGUUAUGCCUUGCUGAUUUCGGAUCUUCAACAGGUGUGGCAUGAACAGGUGGACACUUCGGUGGUCAGCCAGCGAGCCAAGGAGCUGAACAAGCGCCUCACUGCGCCUCCUGCAGCUUUGCUCUGUCACCUGGAUGAAGCACUUCGCCCACUGUUUAAAGAUUCUGCUCACCCUAGCAAAGCUACUUUCUCCUGUGACCGAGGAGAGGAGGGACUGAUCCUGCGGGUGCAGAGUGAGCUCUCGGGUCUUCCCUUCAGUUGGCAUUUCCACUGUAUUCCAGCUAGUUCUUCACUGGUCUCUCAGCAUUUGAUUCAUCCUCUGAUGGGUGUGAGCCUGGCACUGCAGAGUCAUGUGAGGGAGCUAGCAGCAUUGCUUCGGAUGAAGGACCUUGAGAUCCAGGCCUACCAGGAGAGUGGGGCUGUGCUGAGCCGAAGUCGAUUGAAGACAGAGCCAUUUGAAGAAAAUUCUUUCUUGGAACAGUUUAUGGCAGAGAAAUUGCCAGAGGCGUGUGCUGUUGGUGAUGGAAAGCCAUUUGCCAUGAGUCUGCAGAGUCUGUAUGUGGCAGUUACAAAACAGCAGAUCCAAGCAAGGCAGGCACAUAAAGACUCUGGAGAGACUCAGGCAUCAAGCAGCACCUCCCCUCGAGGAACUGAUAACCAGCCAGAAGAGCCGGUCUCCCUCUCUUCCACCCUCUCAGAGCCUGAAUAUGAGCCUGUGGCUGCUUCAGGCCCUAUGCAUAGAGCUCGGCUGGUGAAGUCCAAGAGGAAGAAGCCCAGGGGACUCUUCAGUUAACUCUCCAUGUCUCAGCCACCACGAAGAGAGCAAAACCGCUUCCUAGCAUCACCUGGAAGGAGCUUGCAUGGCAGAGCAUCCCUCAGAGGCCUGAGUUUGUGUUGACAGGCCACCUGGAUGGGGACUUUACCAGGGGAAGCCUGACUCCAACUCACUGGCAUUCCGGAUAUGAGUGACACCAGCUCCUUGCUUGGGUAGUGUUCUUUCUCUAGAACUAGCACCCUAUGGCAAACUUAGGUACAUGAAGCAAGUUUACAAAGAGGCGCAUGCCCAGAACUCCUGGCUGCCUUUCACAGGGGUCUCUCUCUCUCAACACAGAAUAAAGGAUGCUCACACUCCUCGACUGUU